GUUACAGCCAGCAGCUUGGUAUAAACGCUUGAAACAGGGAAACAGCAAGCCUUGCUCUGUUCAACGGUAACCAGCACCUCACUAAUUAACAACAAAUGAUAACAUGUAAAUUGGCAAGUUUAAGAGUUUUCAGCAGGUUUGUUACCUAUGGGCUGAGCCAGGCUAGCUGUUUCCCCUCGGUUUCAAGUCUUUAUGUUGAGCUAAGCCAAACAUCUGCUAGUUCAGACAUGAAAGUGGUAUAAAUUCUUUCAUCUCACUUUUGGCAAAAAAUAAAUAUUACCGUAUUUUUUAUUGUAUAUAGAAUUUACACUCAAAUGCUUUGGCAUAAACUCAUAUACAGUGCUGGUGUAUUUGAUAUUUCAAUGACGUAUAUAGAAAAAUGACAUAAACCUGGAUCUGUGACUCAGUAUUGUUCACGUGAGAAACAAUAAGUUUUUAUAAAAUGCUGUGAAAUGCUAUACAGACAAAAAAAACACAUGAUUUUCUGUAAAUAAGACAUCUACUGCGAGAAAAGAUUUUCCUGUUUCUAGACCCAGGUCAAAAGCAGAAUGUAUGAACCCAGUUUGAUGAGGUCAACUGAUUUUAUUGAAAAAGAGAAAACAGGAUCUUGUGGUUAGUGCACCCUCUGACUCCGCCCACAUAUAAGGGAGAGGUUUCUUAAGAAGCACGUGUAGGGACUUUUGUCAAAGGUGGUAAAUAUCUUCAUGACCAUUUACCUCUGGAGGUAAGUCAUUCAGAUCUUUAAGAAUAUAUGUAUUUUUUUCUAUGUGUGUGAAGGUAGCCUUGUGCCUCUCUCCUUUGUUUUGUGUUUGGAUUUUGUUGUUGAUGUUGAGAGGACUGAAAUAAAAAAAAGUAACAAAAUAAAAAAUAUUUUUUUUUAUAAAAUAAUCUUUACAUUUGACAGUGUAUGUUAGUAUUAGUUUAUGUGUUCAAAUACUGAAUUUAAAUUCAUUUGUAAGCAAAGAUUGAUGUAACUCUCUAUUGUGACAUAAUGGCUUAAUUUAUAUUGUAGUUGUUGAUUUUCAGUCAGAAUUUUUUAUUACAUAUCUGUGACAGUUUAGACAUUUUAGUACAGGAAACAACUCUUGUCUGUUUCAAAAAUAUUUGUCUCCAUUUUCCAAUUUAGAGUCAAAUAUAAAUCAUGAUACCCGUGGUAAAGAAAUCCAAAAUAUGACAACAACAUGCAAAAGGCUGAGAUCAUUUUGCUCGUUAGCAUUAGGCUGUCUCAGGAGAUUUCUGGAGGUUUUAACACUGACUGGUAAAAGUUUAGAACAUUUCAAAUUUAGAGUUUUUCUUUACUUCAGGUUCUAAAAAACAUAAUGCAGUUUGUUUUAACAGCUUCCAGUUUAUGUUCUUAUUUGCAUCUGUGGUAUUUCUGUGACUGAAAAAAUCUCAUUAUGUAAUCUGAAUGUAUUUUAUGCAUUUUUUUGUCUGCAACUCAGCUCUGUUACUGCUGCCUAUUUUUGCCACUGUUUUUAAAAUUAGGUUUCACUAUUUAAUAAAAACUGACAGUAUGAAAUCACAUGUUAUUUGAGCUAUUUAUGGAACAUACAUGUGUGUACUACUGCAUCUUUUUGCACUAACUGCUUUUGUUCCCCCCAGAAAACCUGUUCUGCUUGAAUAGUCUAUAAGUUUUCAGCAGAUAUGGGUGAUACCUUUAGUGUAGUGAUACUCAACCCAACUACAUUCACUUGAAGGUAGACUUUCUUAAAACAUACAAGACAAUGAAAUGUUGCCCUCUGCUGUUUUGAUUUUGGGCAUUCUUUGUGAGUCUGUGAAUCUCUCCUAUGCGAGUCCCUCAACUUUAUGGAAAUGCAUACUAAAUUGCAUGAGUGCCCCUUUAACAUUGAAACUGUAAGUUGUGUGGUACCAUUCAUAAGAUGUCUGGAUUUCGAAGAUGUCUCCUAACCUUCUGCAUUUUAGGAUACUUUUUCUGCUGUUCCACCGCUUGGCAUGUAAAGAUGCCAAGCAACAUCAAAGGACUGGUGGGUUCCUGCCUUGUCAUCCCUUGCAGUUUUGACUACAUUCAGUAUCCACCUCACAAUCCACAUCGUGUGGUUUGGUACCAGUAUGUGAGUCGUGGAUAUCCUUUAGUAUAUGACGACUGGAACUCAAAUAAGGUCAUUGACAUAUUUAAAGGAAGAACACGUGUAUUGACUUCUAAACACAGGAAGAUAUGCAGUCUACAAAUCUCCUCAGUGAGCUGGUCUCACCACAGACAAAAGAUUUACCCCUGGGUAGAUCCAGAGAAUGUUGGGAGAAGCACCUAUCGAUUCUUUGAUACAACUGUAACAAUUGAUGUAGUGGGAAAACCAGAGAAACCUGAUAUUACGAUCUUUGGAAACAUGAAGGUUGGACAGUCCGUGACAGUGCAAUGCACUGUUUAUCAUACCUGUCCCACUAAUGCACCCACUCUGAGUCUCAACAUUCCACUGCAAAACCCCAAAAUAACUCAUAGCCCAAUGUCUGAUGGCACAUCCAAAACUACCAUGAUGACCACAUUAAACAUAGACAAUGACCACCAAACUCUUGAGUGCUCUGUCCGACACUCUGGCGGUCUCACUGCAACAGCCUCCAAAACCUUAAAUGCAGAAUGCUCCUAUUCACCUUUGACUAUCCAACCUACAUCGAAUGAGUUUCUUGAGGGACAGGAAAGCAAAGUAACCUGCACUGCCUUAUACACAUGUCCAAAACAUAUACCAACUCUCACAUGGAACUAUGUUAGCAUGCCAGCCUCAAGUAAUACUGACAAGAUUGUAAAUGCUGAGUGGAGGACUGUCUCCACACUGACAUUCAAAGCAUCAGCCAGGGAUCAUGGAAAAUCUCUGACAUGCUCUGCACGAUUCACUGGGGGUGAGAGGCAGACAGUGAGCAUCACCCUACGGGUAAAGAGAAAUAUGCUUAAUCGUGGUUGGUCCUUCACCACCCCUCGCAGCACCACAGGCAUGAGAGGCUCAUGUAUCAUCAUUCCUUGCAGUUUUAACUACAGUACCUCCCAGCCUGCUGACCUCCGAGUUAUAUGGUACUUGUUCAAGAACAAUGAAUACCCUCCUGUAUUUGACCAAAGACAGACUGUUAUUAGUAAGUUUAGAGGUAUAACCAGCUUGAUUGGAUCUGUGGAGGAAGGGAAUUGUAGUCUCAAGAUCGAGAGGCUGGAAAUGUCGCACAACCAGGACAGACUUUACCCAUGGGUAGACAAGAAUGAUAUUACCUCCUUCCACACCUUAGAUUCCACAUUUUAUGAAAAAACCUCUGAACUCAUUGUCUCAGACCGUGCACAGGAACCGCAGCUUAGCAUCAUGGGUGUUCCCAGGGUGGGAGAGCAGGGCAGAGUGUCCUGCAAUGUGCGCCACACAUGUAUCUCUGCUCCCCCCACCCUGACUCUAAGUGGUAUAUCUGGAACAGACAGCAUUAUGGAUACUCUGGUAUCUGAUGGGAUUUGGGAAAGGACAGUAGAGCAAAGCUGGUUUGUAAAAGAAGAGGACCAGAGUGUGAAGUGUACUGUUCGCUACCAUGGUGGUCAGGAAGCCACAAGUGAGCUCAGGCUGAAUGUUGAAUGCCCAUAUGAAAGAAUCACGAUUGAGAAGCCAGGCGAGGCAAUAGAGGGUGUGGCCAAGAGUGUCAUUUGUUCUGUUUCCUACAAGUGCAAGAAAAAUAAACCAACUAUUCUGUGGAACUACGAAGACAUGCAGAGUUCAUUACACACCAACGAGAGUUCCAGCAAUACCUAUACUACAGUGUCAAAUCUGACCUUUAUUGGCUCUCUUGGGGAUGACGGUAAAUCUUUGACCUGCACCGCUCAGUUCACUACUGGGGAGACCUCAGACUCUGCAACUCUUCAUAUAAAAAAAUAUAACAAACCACUUGAAGAAAUAGAUCCACAUGAAAAUGACAUGUCCUACGUUCUGGCGGCUGACGUUCCUUUCAGAUUCAGGGCCCUGACCCGCUCCUGUGUGGUGAUUCCCUGCAGCUUCCAGUACCAGGAAGAUGAGCCUCUCACACGUGGCAUCUGGUCCAAAAAAACUGGGGGCAUUGUCUAUCAUAACGCCCGGAGCCAAGUACUUGACCAUUUCAAAGACCGCACCAGAAUUUUAGGAGAACUGCAUGAGGGAAACUGCUCAUUAGAGAUUGAUGACAUCAAGCCCUUUGACAACGGGCCUUUUUGUUUCUAUGCAGAGAAAGGAAAUGACAAAUACAGAUUCAACAACAGCUGUGUUUUUAUUGUUAUGAAAGCUUCCCCAGAAAAACCGGUGAUGACCCAAGUUCCAACAGAAGUUGAUGCUGGCUCAACGAUUACUGUCUCAUGUUCUGUGACGCACACAUGUCCAUCACAUCCUCCAGAGUUCUCAUGGAGUGUCCCUAACCUCACCAGUGAGGUCAGGCACUCCUGGACGCAGCGGGGCAUCUGGGAGACCUCCUCCACUAUCACUUUCAUGGCCUCUGGAGGAGAUGGGGACAGAAACCUGACCUGCACUUCCAUCUCCUGGCGUGGAAAGCAACAAGCUAACACAGUCAAGCUGACUGUGAAGGGAUCACUGAUGUACCAGUUAAGAAGCUCUCUCCCAGUGAUCAUUCCAGUCUCAGCUCUCCUCAUUGUAAUCAUCCUGGCUGCAGUGUUUGGAGGGGUCAUCUACAGGAAAAGGAAGCGUUCUGAUGACUCGCUGAGACCACCACCUCGACCAGAGAAAAGGAGAUCACUAUGGGAUAGAUUUUCCAGGAGAUACCCUGAAGACAGGGAGAGACCUCCAAGGCCUGAAAAACGGAUGUCCUUUUGGAACAGAAUUUCUCGUAGAGCAGACGAUGGGCGCGUCGGGUGGCAAAAUGAGAGGAGACCAAAGAGGUCAUUCUGGAACAGAUUGUCAAGACACCAAGGCAAUACUGCAGACGUCAGUGUUGGCUAUUUAAACAACACUCACACUGUAACCUGUGGCAAUCAAAUCUCCAAACAACGCUUUCCAUCCCCGAAGGAUAACCGGAGACAGAGGCAUGAGUUCUAGUGGGUAUGUAAUGACCAGAGGAACAGUGACCUCACAAACUAUUAUAUCCAUAAAGGAGGUGAGUUGUUGACCCAAAAAGGCAGAGAUGCUGCCUGACCAAAAGCUGAACCUCACCCAGCCAGAGGGGGGAAGAAAGUACGGACGCUGGUGCUUCACAGGAAGAACCGA